AUGGCGGCCGCCGCGUCACCGUUCUCGCUGCCUCGUGCGCGGUUGUCAGCGCUGCAGCAGCUCCCGCUUGACUCCAUCACGGUGUUCGAUACGGCCACCCACUGCCACCUGCUCGGCACGGACAGCCUACAGAAGAACUUCCACCUUCUCUCCUGCCGCAAGCACAGCGCUGAACAAACACCGUGCCACAACGCUGUCAGCAACAGUAGCGUCGCCUCGACCACCGGCAGUGAUGGACGCCAGAACGUCAUCGUGUCCGAGUCGGAGGCGGGGCGGGCAGGGGUAGGUACCGCCGCUUCCCCAAGCGCCUCCCACGCCGAACUGUUUGGCCUUGACAACUUGCACGACUUCACGAAUUACGCCGUCUACUCCCCGACAGAAGCCGGUGCCCUCGUCGACGCUCUGCGACGGGAGCACGGCGCGACCAUGCGCGUUCUCUCCGCUGUCGCCUUCCUCGGUGCGGUGCGCUUCACCGCCGGCUACUACGUGGUACUAGUGACGGAGCGACGCAUGGCGGGCUACCUUGGCGUGCACCGGCUCUUCGAGGCCGUGAGCGUGGAACUGGUCUCGCUGCAGCUGGAUCCUGAAUGGGUGGCCGCCGCAGAGACGCAGGCGCGAAAACGGCUGCAGCAGCUUCGGUGCGGCGGCGGCAUUGGUGCUCGAGGCUUCAAGGCCGGCUACUCCCCGCUUAUCUCUACACCAGAGACGACUGCAAGCUCGCCGUUUGCGCCUUCUACCUUCAGCUCCCGCCCCACCAGGGCUGGCUACGGCAGCAAGUCCGUCGCCUCCGGUGCAGGCGCCUCGGCGUCUGCCACCUCGUACAUUUUUCAACGCCGGAGCCUGGAAGAGCUGUAUCGGCAGCAGUUCAUCACCUCCCUCUCGCGCGCCUCAUCUUUCUUUUACUCGCACAGUUACGACCUCACGAAUACCCUUCAGCGGAACAUGCUGGCGGCAGGGGCAGCGGCGUCCGACGGGGCCCAGCCGAUCACCUACGCGGGCAACAGAGGGCGGCACGGCUUUGAGCGGUGCCCAGAUCGCGUCGCAGCGGCAGAUGCCAGGGCGGAGCCCUCCCCGCGAAAUGGUCAGCCGCUGCAGCCACGGAUGCAGUAUGUGUGGAACGAAUACCUUUUGGAGCCGUGGCAGCGGAACGAUCUCGAUGCGAAAAGCGUUGACGCCGAGAUAAGUGAUGUAGCCGAGGCCGAUGUCGGUGGCGGUGACGCGCCGGCAGCCCCGCCCGCCGGCCGUGCAAAACUUUAUUCGGUGCCGCAGUACCCACCUGCACUGUCGCGGUGGUGUGUCUUCCUCGUGCAUGGCUACAUUACGCAGCGCGCUGUGGUGGUACGCCGGCCAGCCUUUCGCACGCUUCUCAUCACGCUCAUCGCACGUGUCAGCAAGGCGUCGGCCGGCGUACGCUACCUCCGGCGCGGCCUCAACAGUGACGGACACGUUGCAAAUCACGUUGAGGUGGAGCAGAUCAUCAGUGACGAGUCUUCGUGGAACUCGGCCUUCACUGCCGGCGCCCUCACCUCCUACGUCCAGCUGCGUGGGUCGGUGCCGGUGCGGUGGUAUCACCCACCGACAGCGUCGCGCCUGCUUCCGAAGCCGCCAAUCGUUAUAGGUCCGCACGACUCACAGUGGAGUGAGACAUGCCUUCACUUUCAGCACCUCCUGGAGCAGUACGGCACACCCGUCUUGGUGCACGACCUUCUCAAGCGCAGGGAGAACAACGCGCGGGAGAGCGUGCUCAGCGACGCGUACCGCGCGGCGGUACGUGCCAUGGUCGCCGCUGUGGACCGUUGGACCGCCACCGCGGACGCUGCGACCGCCGGCCAGGACGGCGAGGAGAGGAGUAACGCAAGCGAGCCACGUGUCUGCGGCGCUGACAUUCUCCAGUACGAGUCCACUGACCUUCGCAGUCUCAGCCAGCUCGCGUGGAACACGAUGACGGCCGUGGCAGAGCAGCACUUCAGCGCGGUGCGCUGCUUUGUCAGCAGGCGAUGCUGCCCGGUCGCCACUCUUGAGCGGUACGCGCAGUGUGCUUCUCACCUCGAUCACAGUGACUUCCUCAUGAUGGGUGACACCAGCGAGGUCGCCGAAGCACACGACAGACGCGUCAGUGGCGACGUCGAAGAUGCGGAGGUUGUUCAGCUGCAGUGCGGUGUGGUCCGCAGCAACUGUCUCGACUGCAUCGACCGCACUAACCUUGGUCAGCUUUUCCACGGCCUCCACGCUCUGGGGGAGCAGCUGUCCGCGCUCGGUCUGCUGCGGCACGCAGCGGACGUAUGUGACUCGCCAGCGGUAAUGGAGAUGCUGCUUGAGAUGUACCUGGCCAUGGGCGACGCCAUAGCCACCCAGUACGGCGGCUCCGCCCAGGUCGGCGCUGGUGUGCUACACCGCGGCGCGGGUUGGGAUCAGCUGAUGGGGGUGAAGCGCCUCUACCACAACGUCAUGGGUGACCGUGACAAACAGGAGGCCAUGAACCUUCUGCUCGGCCGCAAGCAGCCGCUGCCUCGCCGUGGCUCACGCGCCUGCAACGCAGAGAUGCACAGCCCUGGCCAAAUGGCCCCGCUCUCCCUUGACCAGGCCUCCCCAUCAUCCACGGCGCCGUCGCUGAGCGCCUCCAUCACGUCUGCGUCGGCAGCGGUGGCGGCUGCGUCGACUGGCGCGGGCCGCGGCCCGCUUGCAAGCGAGGAUGCUGUGACGCCGCCGGCAUCCUUCUUCUCUGGAAUCCGCCAGACAGCCUCGCGGUGGUGGAGCGAAGCCACUUCGUCGGCGUCGUCUUCUGUGGCCGCGGUGGCGGCCGCGGAGGCAGAGGCAGAGGCCGACUACUACGAGCAAGUCUCCAGCGCCCCACGGCUGCCUCUGGCUGGUCUGCUGACGUCGUGGUGGGUGCAGCCGCUACGCCGCUUCGACGAGUGGUGUGCUGCAUGUGGUGUCAGUGCACUGCGGAGCGCCACGCGGAAUAGCAAGAUGGCAGACGCCGCGAGCGUGCGGAGGUUAGGAGCAGUCGCUACCCCGAAGGCGCCGCGCAGUUCCUUGGCUCACUCAGAUGUGUCCUUCUCUCGUGCACCGACGCUUGCCUCCUCGACAAGCUCCCGCGCGAGUAUGCCGACGAGCGCGGCGGUGGCGGCGGCCGGCGCCUACGGCGGAGACGAGCUUGCGCUUCGUCUUCUAGCCGCCGAGGCGCAGGCGCAGGAACGUUGGAGGCUCUUCAUUGCCAAUGUGGAGCGACAAGCUUGCCUCGCCCCAGCGCGGCGCGACGCUGCCACGCAGCUCUACCACGACAGGCGUAGGGGGGUGUCGCAUAGCGACGUGAACGACGAUACCGCCGCAGCACCGUCCCUGCCUUCGCUCUUCUCUCCAGUCCCGGCGGGCAUCCCCGCUAGCGACGCGUCGGCGCCGUCACGCACAAUGCAGUGGUCUCUCGUAAGCAGUGCCACGUCGUUGACUGUGCGUGCAGCGGUCGCCGCUGGAAGCGCGGAGGCAGGUGCCCUGUCUCGUGCAGGAUAUGCAACGGUGGCAUCGGCGGCACUCGCGCCUCUGCCCCUCUCGGCGCCGUUGUUGGCCGCUCCGCCGUGCCUCUUCGCUGAGCCGUGGGUUAUUCUCCGCACGACGAUGCACGUGUUGCCCGUCGAAAGCGUCGCUGCUGCGGAGCGCUGGUCGACCCGGACAUCAAAUGCCUCUGCUGCUGCGUUGUGCUCUGGCAACUUUGUGCGAUCGGGUAAGAAGCGUGCUUCGAUUUACGGCGUCGGCGAUGUUUUCCAGCGGGAACCGCCGUACAGCGUCGGGCAAGCCGUUGUGCGCCAGCUCCUUGGCCGGUUCCCGCCUGCCGCCGCGGUGGUCACCGCUCACUCUCGGCGCCAGGCGCUGAUGGAGCAACAUCAGCCCUGGCGGUCGCCGCCGGAGGCUCAUCCACACGACACCUUUCCAAGCAUUGUGCGGAGCAGCGCGUUCGCGCUGCAGAAUGCGGACCUUGAACGGCUGGCGUACCGGGAGGUGCUGUGGAUAGUAGAUGCUGUCGGCAGGGCGGCAGCUGGGGGGCGCGGAGUGUCCGCGGAAUCGCUGCAGAGGUCCGCAUCGCGUGCUUCGAUGGCGCAGCCCUCAUCACUGCCGGGAUGGCCGUGGACUCUCUCCACGCAGGAAGUCGCGGACCGUCAGUUCACAGCGGCGCUGCUCGUGGAUUGGUUCGGCGCGCCGGCAACGUGGGGGCUAGAGGACAUGGUACGAGUGGUGCAGCGCCUCGUCUACCCCGAGCUCUUGCCGGUGGAGGUUCUGCAAGUGCUGCGCAGCAGCCGUGUGCAGCCGCCACUCGAAGGAGCAGAGCUUCUGUUUGCUGGUGCGCCUGCGAGGGUAGAAGAGGGCGUGGAGGAACGGGAGAAACGUGUGGACGCGGAGACGAGGCAAUACUGGCAUGAGCGACUCGCCGCAUCAGUCGGACAACGAGGUCCACUCUUCGCCCGCGGCACUGCCGCCACCGCCUUCCAGCAUGCCUCCAGGCGGACGGCGCCACGGCGGGACCCCGGGGGCAGAGGCGGCGCCCUCCCUGGGCGGACGUCACCCGUGUGCUUUUCCCCGCCGUCCACGCCGCUGCCGUAUCAGUGGGAUGUGGACGUCGACGCAGGCAGCCCCGUGCAAGCGGCGGUGGCUCUCCUCUGCCGUCUCGCGGGCGUUCUACGCUUCGCGGCGCACGACACCACGGCGAGCGGGGCAUCGGUGAACGGCACGGGCAUCGAGCCGGUCGUGAUGGCGCGCGGCAACGGAGCAGUCGCGGCCACCUCUAUGGCAGCUCGCUGGAGCCACGUAGUCUCGACGGGUGAGAAGCGCGGUGGCGCAAGCGUGAACGUCCUCGCUGUAUCGGCGCACGACGCCGACGCUGCGCAGGACGAGAAGGCCGCGGCUGUCCGCCGUGUGGAAGAGGCGCUUCUCCCCUUACUGGAAGAGUGCCCCAUCGCUAACGCGCCUGCAUCUGCAUACCUUCCGGGCCUCUUUCCCGAGCAUGAGACCCUCCCCGACUCGCUGCGUCGGCAGUGGCUCCUGUGUCGUCUCCUGCAGCCCAUCUUUGCCCGCUGCGCUCUAACGCCGCCAACGCUGCACAGCCUGCUUCAUGACUUCUUUGCCGCGCUGCUCACUGUCGACGACGCUGCCGCAGGCCCUGCCGACGAGGUGCAUGGGAAGCGUGAGCAGCGGCAACAGUGCCGACGCCGCGAGUACCGCGUUCGCUACAGCUUUGUGCUGCCGCAGCAGCCACCGCAGGGGCAAAGCCCCAGCCUGCAACCCUCCGGCGAUCACGCUGCGGAUGACGCUGGGGGUCGCGGGGAUGGAUGGCACCUGUACAAUCUCUUUUUUGGCAGGCCUACGUCGCUGUCGUCCUCCUCACCGCAGGAGCCGGCGAAUGCGGACAAAGCCUGCUCAUCCCCCACCUCCGCCGCGGCUUCACGAACGCUAAACAUUCCGGCCACGCUGAAGGUGCGGCACUGCUGCUCUGCCUUGGAUCUCUACCGCUGGUCUGUGGCGCACUGUCCGCUCUUCCUGAUUCCUCCUGAGGGCGAGCCGAGCAGCGCGUCCGUGGUUUCCAGAAACGGCAGCAGCGCGAGCAGGAGCACCGCAGCGGCUGCGUGGCACCUGCUCUGGUGGGCAGUCGACAACAACUUUCUCAUUCCUGUAGUGCGCCGCCGCGGCCAGGCAACGCUCGAAAUGCUAGCGGAUGAGACAGCACUCUUCUGCGUGAAGCGCGACGUUGCGCGCGUCGCGCUGAACGUAGAGCGCCGCUGCCGCGACGACGUCUGGCGACCGCAGCAACCGGCAGCACGGGCCAACUCUGGGAAAGAGGUGCCUGGCUCCAGCGCCAUCUAUGGAGUCGAUCUCACCUCAUCGAUGCUGCGGCUGCACCGGCCCCUUCAUCGCAGCGCUCUCGCCGGCAUCUUGGCGCUGAGCGAAAAUCUGGCGAGUCUCGGCCUGCGUGCCGCGACGCAGGUGCAGGAGUUCUUCCGCGCUCGAAACGUGCACGGCUGGGCGCGGCAGUCCCUCGGUGCCGGCGCUGGCACUACGGUCGCUCUCUUCGGCGGCCGCGCCGUUGGUGCAACGGGAGUGGUAGACUCCUCCUCCGUGGCCAGCGCCAGCAGCGGCUCCAGCGCUGCCACACCAGCCGCUGUCGUUCGACGUUUUCACCGACUCGCCGAGGACUGCCUGCAGAGCGUGCAGAGUGCCAUGGUAGCGCUUCAGCACAUGUCUCUCGAGGUUCUUGCGAGGGACGCCGCCAUGCACGACUACGUCAGCUUCUUCGUGAACGUGUACAAUGCAGCCUACGUAGCGGCGUGGCUGACGAAUGUGAAGGAGCUAGUGAGUAACGGCGCCGCAGCGGCGACGGCUGACACGAACUCACCCGCGAAGAGCAGCCACCACCAACACCAGGGUGCUCUUCGCGCGCCGACAUCACGCACCAUCGACCUCUUCCCGCUGCCCACCUUGUGCAACACGAGCUACGCCUGCUUCAUGUACGCGUACGGCGUCGUCAUUGGCGGCGUGUUUGUGAGCCUCGAAGAGAUGAAAUACGGCAUCCUGGGCGGAAACCGAGCUCCGCCCCACUGCGACCUGCCGCUGUGGCCCCCCAUUGGGGGCAACGGUGCCAGUCCCUGCUGCCCCUCUAGCAGUCAGCAGUCGAGAGAGCUGGACUGGCGACAGCAGAUGCAGCGACUCGUGCCGCUGCACCUGCGCGCUGACGUGUCCGAGGCGGCGCGGCUCAAUGCCCUUCAGCGUCAUCCGCACCUGCAAGAAGCGCUCGACUUCAUCGACAUGUGCGAGGCGCUCGCCCCCUCCACAUCGCACAUACACGAUGCCUGCGCUGAGGGGGACGGCGCACACGCACUGUCGGCGAAGGCACGGCUCUCCUCGCACGAACAGGGUGCCACGCGGAACCCAAGCAGCAGCUGUCGCGCCCCUUCCCUGUUGCAGCCCUCGCCGGCCUCCUCCCUCGACGUCGCGGCGGCCGCCGCGACGGCAACGGACUCGGCUAGGCGAAGCGUACGUGUGUCGUCGUCGUUGCCGUCAGAGACUGCAUCAGCGCGAGGGCCGGGCUGCCAAGGUGAUGGUGGCCCUCAGCCGCGCCGACGCCACGAGCUGGUUGAUGUGUGGAGCGUCGAUGUCGUGCGUCACUUGCCGUUCCGCAUCGUGCUUCAGCUCAUCGACACCUAUCUACCGCCGCCGGUGCUUCACCUGUGCGCCGGCAGCGUCGAUGCAGAGUGGAAGGAGAGCUCUGCGGAUGUGACCGGCGACGAUGAUGGCAGCGGUGCAGCAGGCAGCAGCAGCCCCGUCCUGCUCGACGGAAGAGACCGUGUGCCGUGGUAUCUGCAGCCGAUCUUCAACGCCACGCCGCUCGUACACACCACCUUGCAGAGCUCCAAGCUCGGCGCCGCCUACGCUGUUGCCCGCGAUGGCGACGGACCGGCGGCCGGCAUGUUGACGCCGCAGGUCAGCCAAGAUGCAAACGGUGUGCUGCUGCAGCCGUGUCGCAUGUGGAGUAGUCCUUCAUACUACGUCGUCGGCGGCGACGGCAUGAGCGGUGAUGAGGCCGUGAGCCACUCCUUCCAACUCCUGCAAACGCUGGCAGGCUCCUACCUCGGCGCCGGCCUCUACCACCCUAUCAGUCAUGGCACCACGGGUGGCAGCGCUGAGGAUGCUUCGCUGCGUGCUCCAGCGCAGCACCUGUGUCUCCCCCUUCACUCUGGCGAUGCCUUCACGCAGCUGCGCGCGACGGAGGCGGCCUUCCGCAGUGCCCUCCUCACCACCGACCCGCACCUCUUUUGUGACACCGCCGCACCACCAUCAUCCACCAAGUCGCCUGUGGCGGCGGCGCCGUUUCGGCGCUCGUCUCAGCCGCCGCCGCUGUCUUUGCCGACUGCCUCUUCGCAACCGCCCCAUCUACGCGGUCGUGGCGGUGCCGCCGGCAUGCACACAAGCGCAGCUGGCCCCAGCGCCAGACUGGUCUUUGGCGGCUCUGGCAACUCCGUCACAUCUUGCUCUGCCACCCUGCAGAACGCCAUGAAGCCUCUCUUGUACGAGUGGUGUCGGUCGGUAGAGGAGAUGAGCAAAUCCACCCUUCUCUCCCGACCUGGGUGGCAGAUGCGGGUGACGCUCCAGAUGGUGCGGCUACUCGAGGAGUCCUACGCGUCGGGGAGGGCAGUGCGAGCAGCACAAGCGGCGAUGCGGUCUGGCUAG